UGUAAACAAACAAAAACAGACCGUUGGUACGGCACAGAAAUUCUAAGAGAAUUAUUUAUUUACUCUGAAUAACUUAACUAAAAUGAUGUCGCUGCGCUGCAGCUUCAAGCUGUGCAGCGCGAGAAACAUUCAAAAGCUGAGCAACUGCUAUCAAAGCACCAAGGCUAAGCGUGCCGCGCAGGCGGAGCGGGUGACACGCUAUAGCGGCGAAUUUCCAGAGAAGCUGCUCACCAAAAAGCAAAAGAGUGCCCCACACAUGUAUGUGGCCAAUGCCCAGAUAGCUCAGCAGAUCAAUGAUUGCUUGGAGCCACAUCUGCGACAAACCAAAUGUGACACUGUGCUGGAGCUGAAUCCCGGACCCGGUUACUUUACAAAGCAUUUGCUCGACCGGGAAACACAGUUUCGUAAGAUCCUUCUGAUCGAAUCGAUGGAACACUUUAUGCCCCGCCUACAGGAGUUGCAUGCGUUGUAUCCGGAUCGUGUCAAGGUGCGGCACGGCGAUUUUGUUGCACUAUGGAAGCUGGCCUUCAUGGAUAAGAUGGACAGCGGCACGCGCCUGGUCGAUUUGCUAAGCGACGCACCACAGCGCGCAUUUAACGAAGAUGUUAAUAUGCUUGUAUUUGGCGCCGUGGGUUCCUAUCCGUUCUUUAAGCACUUGAUCAACUCGCUGAUAUUCCAGACGAGCCUCUACAACUGGGGACGCUGUGAAAUGAUUCUGGCGCUGCCGCCCCCCAUUUAUAUUCACUUGACCUGCUCGAAUGAGAUCGGUUAUUUGAUCUAUCGCUCCGCCUCGGUGCUGUUUCAAAUACUCUUCGAGCAUCGUUUUAUAGCCAAGUUGCCACGCGAGAGUUUUCUACCGGUACAGGGCGACUAUAAUAUAAGCAAAGGCAGCAAAUUGGCCAAGGUCAGGUCCAUUAAUCCUGAGUAUUUGUAUUUAGUUAAAUUUGUGCCGCGUCGUAACCUGCAUGAAAUAUGUCCAGUUCAGGAUCUGCCUGCUCUAUGGUACUUUAUCAAGCAAAAUUUUGUGAGUCGACGCAAUCGCAUCAUACCCAAUUUAGAGAAAUGGGUACCCGGCUGCGGACCACGACUGAUUAUCAAUCAGAAUGCUUUGGAGGACGUCUCACCUAUCUAUGCCGAUGAAUCCACACAGCACUUGCCGCAGUACACGAUGCAGAGCACCAGCAUGAGUAACCGCAAUUAUUAUCCUGGCAUUAACAUAUACACACAGUUUGGUGAUCUGACACCAAGCCAAAUGUUGACUCUAUUCACACAGUUUCGGCAAUGGCCGGAAUACAGUGAGAGCUCGUUUCUGGCGUCCAUGGAGAACACGUUGCUUAAGCUGGAAACAGUCAACGACGAGCAGAGCUUGGAGGUUGGCGUCAAUCUGGUCGAAGAGGAUGAUAUCAGCAAUGAAAGCAUUGACGAGCUCCUUGAGGUGACAGACGAACCUGCUCCGAAACAGAUAAAGAGUCGUAGGAAAAUCAAAUCACCUGUUUAAAUUCGUGAACAUCUCGCGAUU